AUGCCUAAAGACUCAUUCAAGUCGGAAACGAUUGACAAUACUGAAGAUGUUCAAAUACUCCCCCCAAGUUUCGUAUCUUUUCCAGCAAUUGAACCUCCCACAACUUUGCAAAACAUAAUCAAGGAUUGGCAAUUGAUCAAGCAUAGAGAAGGCGGAUAUUUCAAAGAAACUGACAGAUCUCCAUUUACAUUAUCCUUAACCGACGGUGACACCCCUAUGGAAAGAAACUACUCGACUUUGAUCUAUUACUUAUUAACACCAGAUUCGCCAGUUGGAAAAUUUCAUAAAAAUAAGAAUCGUAUCAUUCACAUUCUACAACGUGGUAAAGGUCAGUAUGUUUUGAUCUAUCCAAAUGGUAAAAUCAAAUCUUUCAAAGUCGGAUUUGACUAUGCUAAUGGUGAAAUCUCUCAAUGGGUUGUCCCAGGUGGUGUAUACAAGGCAAGUUUCUUGAUUCCAAAUGAGGAAUUUGAUAAUAGUAUACUCAUCAGCGAAGUGGUAGUUCCUGGAUUUGAAUAUGAGGACCACUUAUUUAUGAGUGGGCUUGAGGAGCUUGAUAAACUGGUGGGCGAGAAGAAGGCCGAAGAACUUAAGUUUUUACUAUAA